AUGCAGGCGAUAGUUAUUCUAGCUCUGCUGGUGGCUUUGGGUCACACAUCCCAAGGCGUUACUCCGAAGCCGGCGGCCAAGGCGCAAAAGUUUGACUGGUGGGAGCGUGGCAACUUCUAUCAGAUCUAUCCACGAUCGUUCAAGGACUCUGACGGUGAUGGAAUUGGUGAUCUUAAGGGCAUAACGCAAACGAUCGACUAUCUAAAGACGAUCGGCAUCGAUGGCGUUUGGCUGUCACCCAUCUUCAAGUCCCCGAUGAACGAUUUCGGGUACGACAUCUCCGACUUUUACACCAUCCAGAAGGAGUACGGCACGAUGGAGGACUUUGAAGCGCUGGCCGCCAAAUGUGCGUCGAUUGGGCUGAAGCUGAUCCUAGACUUUGUGCCGAACCAUUCGAGCGACGAGCACGAAUUCUUCCGCCUGUCGGAGGAGAGCGUUGCACCGUACAGGGACUACUACAUCUGGCAUGCGGGCGUGCUGGAUGCGAACGGUACGCGCCAUCCACCGUCCAACUGGAUCAGUGUGUUCCGUGGCAGUGCGUGGCAGUGGAGCGAGAAGCGCCAGCAGUACUAUCUGCAUCAGUUCCAGAAGAAGCAACCGGACCUGAACUACCGCAACCCGGCACUGGUGGAGGAGAUGAAGAAUGUGAUGCGGUUUUGGUUGAGCAAAGGUAUUGCGGGUUUCCGGAUCGAUGCGCUACCGUAUCUGUACGAGAGUGAGGAAGUGGACGGUCGGUACCGGGACGAACCGCUAUCCGGGCAGACAACGGACGAUCCGAACAAUCCGGCCUAUCUGACGCACACGGAAACUAAGGAUCAACCGGAAACGUACGAUAUGGUACACCAGUGGCGUGCGGUGGUGGAUGAGUACACGGUCCGCGAUAACUUCACCCGCAUCAUCCUGACCGAGGCGUAUACGGCGCUGCAGAACACUACACGGUUCUACGGCACACCGGCAGCACCCGGGGCUCAGAUACCGUUCAACUUCCAGCUCAUUACGCUCCUGACAGCGAACAGUACGGGGCGCGACUUUGUCGAUGCUGUGCAGAGCUGGCCGCGGGCAAUGCCCAGCGGAGCGAUCGCGAACUGGGUGUUGGGUAAUCACGACAACAGCCGCAUAGCGACGCGGCUCGGUGUACCGCGUGCCGACCUGUACAACAUCGCGCUCCAGACGCUGCCGGGCAUUGCGGUGACGUACUACGGUGAGGAGAUCGCCAUGGUGGAUCAGUGGAUCUCGUGGGAGAAUACGAUCGAUCCGGCGGCCUGUAAUGCGGACGCCGAAACGUACGCGCUGUACUCGCGCGACCCAGUGCGCACCCCGUUCCAGUGGAGCAAUGGCACCAACGCGGGCUUCUCCAACGCAACGCGCACCUGGCUACCGGUGGCGGAUGGGUACAGGACGCUGAAUGUGGCCGCCCAGCUGGCGGCACCGCGCAGCCAUCUGAAAACGUUCAUACAGCUGACGGGCUACCGGAAACGGCGCCUGCUGGCGGAGGGUGACUUCAACAUGCAGGUCGUUGGGGCGAACUUGGUGCUGUACAAGCGGGCCGUACCGCGGGUGGGCUAUGCGGUGGUCGCUUUGAACUUUGGCUCGGAACCGGUGGAACUGCCGGUGGCGAAGGUAUUUCCGGGCACGGGCGAACGUUGGCUGAAGGUGGUCGCUAGCUCGCUGCAGACGAAUCUUACGACCGGAACGUGGAUCAAUAUACGGCUCUUUAAGCUGCCCGCUAACUCGGGCAUUGUGCUGGAGCGUCUUUCCGGUCGGAAUGAUGUGGUGGCUUAA